AUGGAGGACGCCCACAGGAAAAUCGAGCUGCAAUCCCGCGACGACCUCGCGUAUCUGCUCACCAACGUCCGGCGCGCCGCGCAAGAACAGCUCGACAAUGCGUUUCCGCACAUUGAGGGUAGCAAUGCGCAAGAGGACGAGCUGCGGGCGCCUAUUGAGCGUCUGGUCAACGAGUACAUCGACAAAACAUUCACCUACGCAGCCCCAAACCUCUCCAUAAACGGUAUGGACACCGACCCGGCAACCUUCCUCUCCAACACAAGCCCCUCGGACGAACCAGAAGAAGCCUACGAACCCUGGGACGCCCGCCUCCGCCAGCGCGUCGAAGACCUCGCGCGCGAAGAAGAAGACCUCCUUAACGAAAUUGCCGCCCUCAAAAAAACCGUGCCCGGCGCCAUCGCCGCCGCGACGACAAACGAAUUCAAAGCCGCCGCCGCGGCGGACGAGGCCGCCUUCGAGGCUGCUAAAAAGGCAAAGGAGGACGAGACGAGGGAGAUGGAAGGGCAAGUGCUCCCGCUUGAGACGAUGGAAAGGAGGGCCGAGGUCAAGGAGGCGUUUGGCGGCGCGGUAGGCGGGUUGGGGAGGUUGAAGAAGACGAUGCCUGCUACUGUUGCCAAGAUGGAGAGGGCGAGGGUUGCGGGGGAGUAUACUGUGACGGAACGGUCGUAA